GAAAAUGAUCUUUGUGUGAUUCCUGCCAUAUCUGAUGUUAUCCGGUAGGUAGAGACACUGAGGCCCGUGUUGUCGGUCGGUCCGACUGGUAGCCAGUUAAGUCAUUCAGCCUCAGUACCAGACAGAGUGCACUCCGCUCAGCAGCACAGCACAGAACUGGGACGGCGAGGAGAGAGACGAGGCUGCUACAUGCUGCAGCUGCUCGUUUACUAGUGAACAUUCUCGCAUUGAUCCGCGAAGAGAGAUUGGGGCUUUUCCCAACACAUUCGAAGGAGGGAUUUAAUCAUGUUUCAAACCUUAGUCACGCUGCUGAUGCAACUGGCAGCUGUGCAGAUUGCUGUGCAGGGCGGAGGUGCCGUGGGGUCAUUGCCAUGGAGGCAGGGAUCGUUGCCGUGCACACGAGGCUUCUCCCAGGAGGAGUACAGUGUUGCCGUGGACGAGGAGCUAAGAGAGGGACAAGCACUCCUCACCGUGAGGUUCGCAGACUGUGGCCUGGGCGACAGGGUGCUCUUGGAGGUGGUUGACGUGGAGGACUUCAGGCUGGAUGAGGAUGGCACGGUGUACGCCCGGCAUGCCUUCCGUCUUGCCGACAGGAAGAGCGCCUUGGUGGUGCGAGCGAGGGAUCUGGAGACCAAGGAGGAUUGGAAGACGCAUGUUUACCUCCUCCUCCGGAACGAAGGAAAGCGAGAGACGACAGAACACAAACUCAUCAAACAGGUGAACUCCAGCUCUGCAGCUGUGACUCAGCAGGUGCGAGAGAUCAUGUUUCCAUGGCACAGCUUGGUCGUUGGGGACGAUGGAUCUCUGAGGCGGGUGAAGAGGGACUGGGUCAUUCCCCCCAUCAACGUCCCUGAGAACUCACGAGGACAGUUCCCCGAGGAGCUAGUCAGGAUCCGGUCGGACCGUGAUAAGAACAGUCUCCUGCGUUACAGUGUGACUGGACCCGGUGCUGACCAGUCUCCGACCGGGAUCUUUAUCAUCAACCCCAUCUCUGGACAGCUCUCUGUGACCAAACCCCUCGACCGGGAACACAUCUCCAACUUCCAUCUGCGAGCCCAUGCUGUGGACCUGAAUGGGAACCAGAUAGAGAACCCCAUAGACAUCGUCAUCAACGUCAUAGACAUGAAUGACAACAGACCAGAGUUUACACACACCAUCUACAACGGAUCAGUACCAGAGGGAUCCAAGCCAGGGUCCUUUGUGAUGACAGUUACGUCACUGGACAAGGAUGACCCUAAAACAGCCAAUGGGAUGCUCCGAUACAAGAUUAUAUCUCAGAAUCCUGAAAACCCCUCCUCCAACAUGUUCACAAUCAACAACAAGACAGGAGGAAUCAUCACUGUGGCUGCAGGGCUAGACAGAGAGAAAGUUCCUCAGUACACGUUAAUCAUCCAGGCUACUGACAUGGAGGGGAACCCAACCUAUGGCCUGUCUAACACAGCUACGGCUAUCAUCAGGAUCACUGACGUCAAUGAUAACCCCCCGGAGUUCACCGCUGACAAAUUCUAUGGAGAGGUGCAGGAGAACCGUGUGAAUGUGAUCGUAGCUAAUCUGACAGUAACAGAUAAGGACCAGCCCCACAGUGCAGCCUGGAGUACUGUGUACAGGAUCACAGCUGGAGACCCCACUGGACGCUUCUCCAUCCCCACUGACCUCACCACCAAUGAGGGACUGGUCACUGUGGUUAAGCCUAUAGACUAUGAGGUGAGUCGUUCCUUCGUGCUGACGGUACUGGCUGAGAACGAGGUUUCCCUGGCCCGUGGUAUCCACCUGCCCCGUCAGUCCACCGCCACCGUGUCUGUACGCAUCACAGACGUCAACGAGAGCCCAGAGUUCUCCCCCAACCCCAAAGUCAUCAAACUAGAGGAGGGGCUACCGGGCGGCUCGCUACUCACCACCUUUACAGCACAGGACCCUGACAGAUACAUGCAACAGAACAUACGGUACGCCAAGGUGUUCGACCCUGCUAAUUGGCUGAAGAUAGACCCUGUAAACGGUCGGAUAUCCACCAUCGCUGUGCUGGACAGAGAGUCUCCAUAUGUGAAGAAUAACCUCUACAACAUCACAUUCAUGGCCACUGACAAUGGCAUCCCCCCAGCCAGUGGUACAGGUACAUUACAGAUGUACCUGUUGGACAUAAAUGACAAUGCUCCUCGUGUCUUCCCUCCGGAGGUGGAGAUGUGUGAGAAGCCUGAGCCCAACACCAUCAACAUCACCGCUAGUGACCCCGAUCUGACCCCUAAUGCCGGCCCCUUCGCCUUCGAACUGGCCAAGCGGCCGGCAGAUGCACGCAGGAACUGGACCCUCACACGCCUCAAUGGUGAAUAUGCUCAGAUCAGGCUGCGGAUAGGUUUUCUGGAGAGUGGUAUCUACGAGGUUCCUAUCAUCAUCACAGACUCAGGCAACCUGCCCAUGUCCAAUACAUCCUACCUACAGGUCAAGGUGUGUCAGUGUGAUCACCAUGGAGACUGCGUGGACAUGGAACGCAUCAUCGCAGCAGGGCUGGGCACUGGAGCCAUCAUCGCAAUCCUCAUCUGUAUCAUCAUACUGCUAGUGAUGGUGUUGUUCUUUGUGAUGUGGAUGAAGAGGAGGGAUAAGGAACGUCAGGCCAAGCAGCUGCUCAUCGACCCAGAGGACGAUGUCAGAGACAACAUACUGAAGUACGACGAAGAAGGAGGAGGAGAGGAGGACCAGGACUAUGACCUGAGCCAGCUGCAGCAGCCCGACGCCUUGGAGACGGAAAUGGUGACGGUGGGGAUCCGACGUAUGGAUGAGAGGCCCCUACACCAGGACCAUAUAUACCCCCUCCGUUCUGCUGCACCCCACCCCGGAGAUAUAGGAGACUUCAUCCACGAGGGUCUGAAGGCAGCUGAUAAUGACCCGACAGCGCCUCCCUACGACAGUCUUCUGGUGUUUGACUAUGAGGGCAGUGGCUCCACUGCUGGCUCCCUCAGCUCCCUUCACUCCUCCUCUUCCGGCGGAGACCAGGACUACGACUACAUCAGCGACUGGGGCCCGCGCUUCCGCAAGCUGGCAGACCUCUAUGGUGGAGGGGACAACUAGGACUAGCCCCAUGCUGGGGGGAAUUGGC